UGAGAACCUACUACACUUUAGGUACUAGGUCAACUCAAGAAGAUUGUUUUUAAAUCCCCACAUUCAUGGGUAUUUACUGAAAGUCAAGGGGAGGAGGAAACAGGUUAUUUAGAAGCAUUUGAUCUUUGUCUACGCAAACAAAUAAACACAUACAUAGAGAUACUGGAGAUCCACAGUUUGUCCUCUGGAAUGUGUUUUAAGAAAGGCAGAGCAGACAGGAGCGAUUCAGGGAGCGGCUGGGUGGGGAGUAGGGGGAGUUGCGAUGUUAGAAUGGGCUGGCCGAGAACUGCCUAAGAAUGCGAAUUAGAAUGAAGACCAGCAGGGGUCAGGGAAGGUGGCAGGUGGAUACUCGCUUAACUUAAGGGCAAAGUCUGGGAGGCUGGCUAGGGCUGGAACUUGGGAGACGAGCAGAGAGACAAUGGAGAGGAGGCGAGGGAGAGUCAGGCGAGCGGGUACAGAGCAGAGAGGGCAGUGUCGUCCGCGCGCAGACACCGACAAACCUCAGGAGUAUCAUCUGGGAACUUAGAAAUGCCCAUUCUCAGGCCGGUCUCAGAACCACGCAGUCAGACGUGCUGGGGUGGGCCCGGCACGUGAAUUCUAACAAGCCCUCCAGGACACAGUGAUGUGCGGUGAAGAUGGCAGCCCCCUGGAGUAGGGGACCCUCAGCGACACGACGCCAGUAGUUACUCUGAUCGUUCACCUCAUCACGGUCCUCCUUAUUUCGCUUGCUGGACAGGGGGCCCGCCCAGCGCUCUGCUGAUUUGCCUAGUGCUGACGCCCAGCCGGGUUUUCUCCGGAGCCCGCCGCGCCCCGCGCACCCACCCCAAACAUCAGCAGGACGUGGGUCUCUCCGCAAAGCGCCCGGGCAUCCCGGGAGCGCCGCCGCAGCACUGCUGCGCUGGGGACCAGGCUCGCGGGGCGGCAGGUGCAGAGGCACCCCAAGUCGGGGAGGCCAAUCCUGGCCUCCGAGAACAUAGGGGUGCGGGGGGCCGCCGGUCACCGCCGCCCAGGGGACUCAUCACUCGCCGCCCGCAGUCGCGCCAGCCGGGACGCCCGUGGCCAUCCGGAUCCCUGAGAGCCGCGCAGCCGGGGCCUCGGGAUUCGCCGGCCGCUUCCCCGGGGAGCCGCUGCUGCAAAGCCAGGUUGGGGCGGCCGGGCCUGGCCAGCGCCCUCUAGGCAGCGGAAGUGGAGCUAGCUUUACAUCCGUCCUCCCCGCCUCGCAGAGUUGGAAGAAGGCAGGCUGGGGGGGUGUGGAAAAAUAAAAGGAAAAGUCCUUGCACCAUGUAGAUCAGCGCCCCCUACCCUGGCACCCCGGCUGGGCGGGGACCUACCAGUCUACGCCAUGAACUCGAGCAGCGAGGGCGAGAGCUUCCCGGGCUCGGUGCAAAUUCCAGGUGGUACAACGGUGCUGGUUGAGCUGACUCCCGACAUCCACAUCUGUGGCAUCUGCAAACAGCAGUUUAACAACCUGGACGCCUUUGUAGCUCACAAGCAAAGUGGCUGCCAGCUGACCAGCUCGUCUGGAGCAGCCCCCAGCACCGUCCAGUUUGUAUCGGAGGAAACAGUGCCUGCCACCCAGACCCAGACCACCACCAGAACCAUCACCUCGGAGACCCAGACAAUCACAGUUUCAGCUCCUGAAUUUGUUUUUGAACAUGGCUAUCAAACUUAUCUGCCCACGGAAAGUAAUGAAAACCAGACAGCCACAGUCAUCUCUCUCCCCGCCAAAUCACGUACCAAAAAGCCUGCAACGGCACCUGCUCAGAAAAGGCUUAACUGCUGCUACCCAGGUUGCCAAUUCAAGACUGCCUAUGGCAUGAAGGACAUGGAGCGUCAUUUAAAAAUUCACACAGGAGACAAACCCCACAAGUGUGAAGUCUGUGGCAAGUGCUUUAGCAGGAAGGACAAGCUGAAAACCCACAUGCGGUGCCACACAGGUGUGAAGCCCUACAAGUGUAAGACGUGCGACUACGCCGCCGCCGACAGCAGCAGCCUCAACAAGCACCUGCGGAUACACUCGGACGAGCGGCCCUUCAAAUGCCAGAUCUGCCCCUACGCCAGCCGCAACUCCAGCCAGCUCACCGUGCACCUGCGCUCCCACACCGGGGAUGCCCCCUUCCAGUGCUGGCUCUGUAGCGCCAAGUUCAAAAUCAGCUCGGACUUGAAAAGGCACAUGCGGGUGCACUCGGGGGAGAAGCCCUUCAAGUGCGAGUUCUGCAAUGUCCGCUGUACCAUGAAGGGGAACCUCAAGUCGCACAUCCGCAUCAAGCACAGCGGGAAUAACUUCAAGUGUCCGCACUGCGACUUCCUGGGUGACAGCAAAGCCACCCUCCGGAAGCACAGCCGCGUGCACCAGUCCGAGCACCCCGAGAAGUGCGCCGAGUGCAGCUACUCCUGCUCCAGCAAGGCCGCCCUGCGCGUGCACGCGCGCACCCACUGCGCCGACCGGCCCUUCCGCUGCGGCUACUGCAGCUUCGACACCAAGCAGCCCAGCAACCUCAGCAAGCACGUGAAGAAGUUCCACGGGGACAAGGUCAAGGCCGAGGCCCCGGAGCGGAAGGACGCGGGCAGGCAGAGCAGCCGGCAGAUCGCUAAGCUGGACGCCAAGAAGACUUUCCACUGUGACAUUUGCGAUGCCUCGUUCAUGCGGGAGGACUCGCUGCGCAGCCACAAGAGGCAGCACAGUGAGUACAGCGACAGUAAGAGCUCGGAUGUCACCGUCCUCCAGUUUCAGAUCGACCCCGGCAAGCAGCCGGCAGCGCCCCUUGCGGUGGGCCACCUGCAGGUGCCGCUGCAGCCCAGCCAAGUGCCCGCGUUCAGCGAGGGAAGAGUCAAGAUCAUCGUAGGGCAUCAGGUGCCCCAGGCCAACACGAUCGUCCAGGCCGCCGCGGCCGCCGUGAACCUGGUGCCGCCCGCUGUGGUGGCCCCGAGCCCGGAGGAGCUGCCGGGGAACGGCCGGCUGCAGAUCCUGCGCCAGGUCAGUCUGAUCGCUCCGCCUCAGUCCUCGGGGUGUCCGAGCGAGGCAGGCCCCAUGACCCAGCCGGCUGUCCUGCUGACCACUCACGACCAGACGGACGGGGCCACCCUGCACCAGACUCUGAUCCCCACGGCCCCGGGCGGCCCCCAGGAAGGCUCCGGCAACCAGACUUUCAUCACCAGCUCGGGCAUCACUUGUACUGACUUUGAAGGCCUCAAUGCUUUGAUUCAGGAAGGGACGGCUGAAGUGACCGUGGUGAGCGACGGUGGCCAGGACAUCACGGUGGCCACCGCGGCUCCCCCUAUAUUCUCCUCUUCACAGCAAGAACUACCCAAGCAGACGUUCUCCAUCAUUCAGGGGACAGCCCACCCGGCUUUGCUCUGCCCCGCUGACUCCAUACCAGAUUAAGCACUUAAAAAACAAAAGGAGAGAAAACUAAUGACAAAAAAAAAAAAGAAGAAGAAAGAAAGAAAGAAAAAUACUAAGUAGAACUCUUCAAGAGGUUUGCUCUUAUUGUUUUUUAAGGAGUGUUGUGAAUUCCCCCCUCUGUAAUAAAUUGUAAUUUUAUACUGCUUACUAUAAUUUUUUAACGCUGUAACAACUUGGAGACCACCUCAGAAUCGCCGUGUUAAUUGCAGAAUAAUGUUACCAAGAUGAUUCCAAUGAAGGGUUGGAAUGAAAUGCAUUAAAUAGGGAAUAUAUUUGUUUGUUUGUUUCCAACUUGAUUUCCAACUCUAAUAAAGGGUUCUUUUUUUCCAUCCCAUUAAAAUUGGGUAGUAGGUGAUACUUUUUCCAUUCUCUUUUGUCCUAUUAUGAAAUAAUCUUCAGAGUUUGGGGCACUCGUGUCUUAGUACGUAAAUACAAAUCUAUAGGCAUGAAGGACCAUUUUCUGCAUAACACAACGUGGAUACUUGACCCUCCCCAGAAAAAAAAAAUUUAGUGCUGAUGAGCAUAAAAGGAAUGAUUCCCUAAUAAAUUAAUCUCUGAUUAAAACAUACUGAAUGUUAAUGCUUCUUUAGAGUCAACGUAUGAUGUGGGGA